UCUAAUGCCGUUAUUUGUUAUUGUCAGCUGGACAGGGCUUAUAUCGCAAUAGUGCCGUAUUUAUCGUAGCUUUAUUAUCUAGGCAGAGAUAACGUGAACGAUACCCGGAAUAGUGAGGAUUGGUGAAACAUCAACACACGGCCCUGUGCAGGCUCUGUCAGUGCCUUCCAACCUGUCCAUCAGUCUUCCGGAGUGGCUCAUGUUGUAGUGGAGGGACAGGGCAGAGAGACGGUCAGACAGAACUCAGGAUGCCUCUGUUCUUCAGAAAGAGGAAACCCAGCGAGGACUCCCAGAAGAGACUUGAAUAUCAGCUGUUCAGGUCCAGGGAGGCAGGUGCUGAUGACAUCCUGGACAUCUCAGCUUGUGAGCUCUCAGAGGUUCCCUCGAGUGCCUUUUCCAUUUGCAAGGUGCUACAGAAGAAGGUCCUCAUCCUCCAUAGCAAUGAGCUGAGGUCAUUGCUGCCCAAAGGAUGUGACAUCAGAACUCUUACCACUUUAAAGGUUUUGGAUCUACAUGAGAAUAAGCUCACUUCACUCCCAGAAGACAUUGGGAAGCUGGCCUCACUGCAGAUUCUGAAUGUGGAGAAGAACCGCCUAAAGGCCCUGCCGGAGUCCAUCGGGGAUUUGCGUCUGCUGCAGACACUCAAUUUGAAGGGUAACUGUCUCAAUGAGCUGCCGUUCUCAGUUGGUUCUUUGAGCAGCCUGCGCACCCUUGACGUGAGUGACAACAGCAUCGUCCAGCUCCCCAAAGCUAUCGUCUACAUCCGCACCCUAGAGAGCUUCACACUUGAUGCUGCUAUGAUGUCCUACCCGCCUGCGUCUGUGUGUUCAGAGGGCACCGAGAGCAUCCAGCGCUUCCUAUGCACCGAGCAGGGAGAGGAGUACUGCCCUCCUUCCCAGUAUCUCCUGCCAGUGCUGGAGAAUGAGUGUGGCAAACAGAACUCUGACUGUUUGGACGGCCUGGAGGAGGCAUGGCAGGUACAGCAGACCAAAUUCAGUGACUACGAGAAGAGAAAGGAGCAGAAGCAGCAGGCAAAGCUGGCCUUCGAGUGUCACCUUGAGGAGAAGAAAAAAGAGCACACUCAGCUGGUACUCAUGAACACCUCCCGCAAGCAAAACAUCCUCCACUCAGUCCGACAGGAGCAGGAGCGCCUGGAGCUGGGGGUCAGCCAGCAGCAGAGAGCUCAGGAGGCAGAGAGGCUGCUGGUGCUGGAGAAAGUCAGACAAGCUGAAGACGGCCUCAGCAGUCGCAUCAGCAACAUGCUGAUGGACAAAAACAGGCAGAAAAAAAGUGCAGAUUUUCUUCAAGCCAUGGAGGAAGAUAGGAUUCGUAUGGAGCACCUGACCGCCAUCACACAGGAAGAAGCCAAUUCACUGAGGAAGAGGGAGGUGGCAGUGGCCAUGCAGAAGAUGCUGUCAGACAGCUGUGCUAUGAGCUAUCUCCAGGAGGCCAGUGACUCUCGUAGACAGAGCCUGGUGUCUGAGGCCUACAGAAGUAUGGAGACUAUGGACAGGAAGUUUGAUAAGAUGCUGUCCCUUCAAGUUUUGGACAAAUCUAGAGCCAUCGCCCACAUCUUACAGGAGGAGGAGAUUCAGAAAGCAGCGUUCCAGGCUCUGCAGCUGCAGAAAGACGCCGUACACGGCUACAUCCGCAAACAGAUCAAGCUCAUAGAGGGUGAGUUAAUGCAGCUGACUAGAUUGGAGAUUAAAAGACGCAAUCUGGAUGCUCAGAACCUGCAGGAGGUUCUGGUGGAGCAGCGAACAGCCCUCAGUGAUUUGUUGCAGCAGCUGCUGAAGCAGAGAGACCAGAGAGAGCAGGAGCUGCGGCAGGUUCUGGCGGAGAUGGAGCUGAAGUCUGUGUCCAACCAGGAGAAUUACUGGAUGAUCCAGUACCAGAGACUGUUGGAUGCCAAGCCCCUGUCACUGCGCAUGCAGGAAGCGGGGGUGGAGAAAGAGCUGGUCAACCUGAUGUGCAAACUGUCAGCUCAGCACUACCUGCCCAUCCUGGCUCAUCAUCGAGUGACGACUGAGGCCAUUCGCCACAUGACCUCCUCUGACCUCAAGAAGAUUGGCAUUAAUGAAAUAGGAAUCCAAAAUGCUCUUCUGAACUGGGCUCGGGAACGCUACCCUGAAGGAGCUUGUAAGGAUGUCCAGCAGGUCGAGGAGGCGGAGGUUGCCCCCUCUGCUCCUUCCCCUUGCUCCCCUGAGUCGCUUCCCAGCACCUCCACCUUCUUGAUCCCAAGCCCACCACUCACCCCGGGGACCCCCGUCACCCCCUCAGCCCCCAGCCCUGUGGAGGGACCAGGGAGCUCAGAGUGCGUCGUCUGCAUGGAGACUGGGUCUCAGGUCAUCUUCCUGCCCUGUGGUCACGUAUGCUGUUGUCAGGUCUGCAGCGACGCUAUGCAGAACUGCCCUCUGUGUCGUAGCAAGAUAUCCCAGCACAUACGCAUCUACCACAGCUAGGACCCACUGCACUGUGCUACUCCUUCACCAACCGCAGCUCUCUUUAUUUAUGCAUGAUCAUAAAGCGGCUGUGGGUUGACCUCUCAUGUACGAGAGCUUUUGGCGGGUUUUCAAAGAACUGAGUCACUUUCCUGUAUUAACCAAACAGUAAUCUGUGAUGUAUAUGCUGAAACAAAUCAGAAUAGAAUUACUGUUACUGGUGUUUUUGGUUGUCAUUGGUGUCCAAGUCUGUUUUAUUCUGUUGUUCUUUUAAAUCCAGUAUUUUUUUAUUUUUUGCAUUACAUAUUUAGAGCCAAGCGGACUGACCAAUCACUGGUUGAAGACUGUAUGUUCUUUGCCUUAUAGUAUAGUAGUUUCUAAAUUGAUGUGUGCCUUUUUCUGGGAAUUUCUUAUUUUUAAACAAUACUAUUUGUCUGUGUUGUCAACCAAAGUAAUACCUGUCCAACAUGUAUGUACGUUAACUAAACAUAAUGUAUUGAUUGUUAUCA